AUGGCGCGGAUGUCACCUCCGGCGUCCCCAGCAAGGUUCUUCUCCGAGAACGAAGAAAAACGAAAAAACGCCGGGGAUCCCACCUCGGCUGCCCUCACGCCGGGCAGCGGCUCGCUCAACGUCGGCACCGACGUGGACCGCGAAGAGGCGCAACAGGGCACCAACGUCAUCGGCGACGGCGAGUUCCAGAGGCUCGUCUUCGGUUUCACCAUCGUCGCGCAGAUGGUGCUGCUAUGCCACAGCAACGUAUUGGCUCUGAUCACGGACCCCGUGGACCACUGGUGCAAGCCGCCACCCGAUUACGCCGGUAUGUCGGCCAACCAAUGGAAGAACGUCGGUGUACCCGCCGACGAAGCGGGCCGCUUCAGCCAGUGCCGAGCGUACGUGCGACCCGGCGCCGCCCCUAACGACACGGAGACUGCGCUGUGCGACUCCUGGGACUACGACCCGGCCGAGGCGCACAGGAGCGCCCGCAGCUACUGGGACCUCGUGUGCCAGCGCAGCUGGCUUCUGCCCCUGGGCAAAGGUGUCUUCAUGAGCGGCGCGCUCAUAGUGGUCCCGUUCAUGGGCUAUCUGGCCGACACCGAGGGUCGCAAGCCGGUCAUCCUCAUCUCGUCGUUCGUUCUCAUGAUGAGCGCCAUAGCGAGCUGCUUCGCCGAGGCCUAUCCCAUCUACCUGGUGCUGAUAUUCGUGAACUCGGCCUGCGCCAGCACCGUCCACAUCGUCACCGUGAUCCUCCUGUUCGAGGUGUCCCCGGUACAAUACCGCACCUUCUACACGGGUCUCGGCAGCUCCCUGGGCGUCGUGUUCGUCGAGUUGCUGUUCAUCGUCGUCACCGCCGUCCGCAUCGGCUGGUUCCCGCUCCAACUGCUCGUCAUGGCACCCACCCUGCUGCUCCUCUCGGCCACGUUCACCGUGUACGAGUCACCCAUGUGGCUCCUCACUAUGUCCAGACUGAAGGAGGCCGAGGAAGUCAUCUACAUCGCCGCCAAGGCGAACGGCGUGUCCCGCAUCAGCACGAAGCAGGCCCUCGACCGGAUCAAGUUCGAGAUGAACAAGGCGAUCGUUCCUUACGCGCCGGUGGCGCCCAACGCAUUGCUGCUGCCAGGAUCGCUGCGCGGCAGGGCGGCCGCAGUGUUCGUAAUCACGUUCAUCGUCAUGCUGGCCUACUACUCCCUCACCUGGAGCCAUAGACUGGGCGGAGGCAGCAACCUGGUGGUGCGCGUCAUCUACGUGGUGGCCCUUGUGCCCACCUACAUGGCCAUGUACGCUGCCCUCAACACCCUGGGUCGCCUGCAGCUCAUGCUUCUGCUCUUCGCUAUUCUGGGCGGAUUUUCGGGACUCUACGGCAUCGCCACGUACGCCGAGCCGGGCGAGGUCGCCUACGCACUCGCCAUAGCGGCCAAGUUGGUGGCGAGCGCCGCAAUCCCCACCAACUACCUGUACAUGGCCGAGCUGUUCCCGUCGUCGGUGCGCAGCGCCGUCAUGUGCGGUGCGUACACGUGCGGCCGCGUCGGCGCUGUGUUCGCUUCCGGGCUCGCCCACCUGCAGGACAUCGGCCGCGAGGACUUAGGCUUCGCGCUCCUGGCGACAGUGGUCUUCGGAGGCCUUGUGGCGUUACUCAGCUUGCCCGAGACGACCGUCGGCGGCGCCGCUGACGUAACCGUCGCCAGCAUGGACGGCAAUCGGAGGGACCUCCUGGACGUCAUGCAGAACACGUUGAUGCCAACGCGCAAGAAGAGGAAAAUGGGGCGCAGGCGUGGGAGCAUCGAGCCGACAGCGGACACAGGAGUGGGGUCGCCCCUGCUGUCAUCCCCGCGCUGA